ACUUCAACAUGGCCGAGGCGCGCAGCAACCUCGCAGGCGGCGGCGGCGGGGAGGAAAAGGGGCCUGAGGGGCCGCCCCGGGAACCUGCGCCCCCCGGCACCACCGUGCCAAGGGUCAAGCUCCUCGACACCCUGGUGGAGACUUUCCUCCAGAAGCUGGUCGCCGCCGGGAGCUACCAGAGAUUCAGCGACUGCUACAAGCGCCUCUACCAGCUGCAGCCUGAGGUGACACAGCGGAUCUACGACAAGUUUAUAACUCAGUUGCAGGCGUCUGUCCGGGAUGAAAUCUCCGAGCUCAAGGCAGAGGGGAACCUGGAAGCCGUCUUGAACGCCUUGGAUAAGAUCGUGGCGGAGGGCGAAGACCACAGGGAGCCGGCCUGGCGCCCGAGCGGGACCCCGGCGGCGGACCUGCGCAGCACCCUGGUGCCCUACUUCCUGCAGCAGCGGGACGCGCUGCGGCGGCUGGUGCGCAGGCAGGAGGCGGAGAGCAGGCGGCUGGCGGAGGCCGUGGCGGCCGGGCGGCGGCAGGUGCGGGAGCUGCAGCGGCGGGGCCAGGCGCGGCAGCAGGCCUGGCAGGCCCUGCACAGAGAACAGAAGGAGCUGGUGGCUGUGCUCGGGGAGCCCGAGUGAGGAGGCGACGGCCGGGCCAGGAGCAGAGGGCAGCUGAGGUCGAGGGCCUGGCCUCUGAGAGCCUCGCCGUGACGCCCAGUCCCUGCGCAGGCGUGGAAUUAGCUGGAGGAUGAGGCCUGUCCUGCUUGGGGGGCCCGGGGGGCCUUCCCCUCCCCCGCCCCCACUUCAUGUCCUUCCCAGUCUUGUAACUGGAGGCCCGCUGGCCAGCCCCCAUCCCGGGGGUCGGGGCCCCGCCUGCCCCUGGGCCCCCGCCAGCGUUCCUUCUCCACGGAUCGCCGCCCCGCCGGCCAGCCUGCAGCGGCUGCCGGGCUCUCCCCACAUCCGUAAAUAAACUUCCUGCACUUGUGCCCUGUAA